AAGACGUACUGGACGCCAGAGGAAGUCGUGUGAGUUUGUUCCAGUAGACGUGGAUCCCUCCCUUUAUUUUUAUACAACCAUACAACCAUCCCUUACUCUUCUUCUUCCUGGCAACUCCGCCUCGAACUACAUGAACGAAUUCCACCUUUUCCUCCUGCAGCUAAGGCUAACCUUCUGCUGAGAAGCGAAAAUGGUAGUGGCCGAGUUUCUGUCCGUGCACAAUGGAUACGGUGGGCGUAUUUUCGCUGGUGGAUCUUCACGAGGGAGUCAGACGAGUCACGGCCUGCCGCCCGCCGAGGCCACCACGACCGGCUCAUCCACGUGGUCGACUCUUUCCAGUACAAGCAGCAUCAGAAAUACUAACCACGGUCGCCAGCAUCGUAGCCGCCCGUACUGCCUUCUGGAAGCUGGGAACGCCGUAAUAACUUCGUGUUCGUCUGGUGCGCCACCAGGCAGAAGUAAAGUGUCCAAGAGCGCCGGCGACAGCGCAACAUCUACAUCAUCUUCUUCAAGGACAUCUUCUUCUACAACCGCUCCAUUCACAGAUCUGAAAUUCAAUGGAGACGGGUCUGUGCUUAUCUUGGAAGAAACACCCAUCCACAUCCAUUUUUUGCAUGACAGACACUGGAUUAGAUGCAUGUUUUGCAUGACAAAGUCAGUGGAUGGGGAUGGGUUACCUUUUUUUGUGGAUAGUGCUCGCGACGUCGGACCGCAAGGGCGGCGUGGUGCUGUUUUACCUGAAGGGGAAUCGCUACCAAACGUUAAUAAAAUCCGACCCGCACUCGCUGCCAAUCAACUGCAUCGAGUUUACGAGGCGCAAAGUGGAGGAAAUCUGUGUUGCGGUCCGGAACGUCAUACGCUGUUUUUCCGUCGACAGCCGGAAGGAGACGGCGAGAAUAGGUGGGGGAGUAGAUGUUCGCACGACUGGCACGAAUGUGAAAGCGGUUAAUACGUCGAGUCGCGCUUUUCCCAGCUCUGCGUCUGGCGUAGUAGUCAACCACGCUACGAAAAUCUCGUCCUGCGCAAAUUUUACCACCACUACCUCUUCCAGCACCUCUGUGCACAAGCGGCCGAUUUUCGGCCUGCGAGUGUCCAGCGUCGGGGGGUAUUUACUCUCCCUCUCGACCGACAUCGCGGUUUUGUGGGAUGUCGGCAGCUGGGAAAAACUCCAAGUCGUGACGCCCAUGAGGGGAAAUUUAUUCUGCGACGGGUUUUUUUCUCUAGGCGGUGGACCAUUUAUGUUCGCAGGGAGGACUGCCGAUCAGCAACAUGGCGCGCGGAUCCUGUGCAAGGACGGAAAUCUUUUUCGGAUGGACCACGAUCGGCGGACGUCGACUUUGGGCCUGAAUAUUAAACCUUGCGCCAGGAGUGGUGAAACCGGAGCGGUGAAGAGGAGCAAAGCCAUUUUGAAAGCUGAGGGCCGGGUGGACUUGCUGUUUGACGACUCUUUUGGAGACGAUGCGGUGUACGAAAUGAGCGAUCCUGAACUAGAUGAUGUAGAUGGUGGGCGAAAGGCUCAGGCACCACGAGCACGAUCGAGAACCAUAUCAAACAGCCUCACAGGUCGUGGGCGAGGAGAGGCCCCGUUUGACCAGGAAGUGGCGAAGUUUUGUGCGGUAGACAUGAAGUAUCUCGUGCUCGUCACAACGCACCGGAUGCUCGUGCUGUCUUCUGCAUCGGGAUCAUCCAGAACUGCUCCAGCUUCAUCUGCGUCUGGCGGCACAGGUAUUUUUACGAGCAACGGCAGCAAGCAAAACAGCUGCAAAGCGGCAGCGCGGAGUACGGCUGGAAUAAAGCUGCAUCAACACCGGCAAGUGAGGAAGCUGCAAAAGUCCGUCGUCCAAGUGCAGCUGGGGCAGGUGGCAGUGACCAGCAAUAAUGCACAACUAGACGCUAUCCUCCCUAGUGGCUCUGCUCAGCAUGGAGGUCUUCACGGUGCACCAGCUGACGAUGGAGGGGGAGUCCCACGGCUACACCCUCCAGAAGUAGAUCCUCUACUGCACAGCGUUUGCUUCCUUCUCGCGGACGACGGGCGGCUGUAUGUGGUGCGGCUGAAAAAUUUGCAAGUGCUACUGGUGAUGGACGGUGAGGGGAUGGUGGUUUCUAGCUGGUGCGACAUGGCAAAUAUCCGCUCUAGCGGCCGUAGUUCUGGUCAAGAGAGUAGAAGCCAAGACGUCGUCGAAGAUGCACUGUUUAUCGCCGAAAAGCAAGGAAGUAGAAGGAGAAUUAUGGAGGAGCCAGCUGGCGCGAACGCGACCUCCGAUGGAGAUGCCGAUCAAGAAGAGAUUUGCAGCCGCAUUGAUAGCAGGUAUACAAAAUGAAUUUUAUAGGUUUUGUAGGCUGCACGCACAGAAAGACAAUCUUACAUUCUGUGGAGACGUCACGCAUGUUUAUACUUUUGCGAAGGAACGAGUGCAGUUCAUUUGUGGGUCAUGACAUCACCACAACUUGCCAUCAUCGAAACAAAGCUGAAAAUUCAGUAGCUGAGUCAGUGCGUAUUUUCUUUCUCAGGCGGAGUCUUUUUGCGCACUCGUCGUCCUCCUCCCCCAUCGUUCGGUUCGAAAAAUCAUUUUUUUCGCAAAAUCCUGCCUCGCCCAGAAGGGUCAUAUCGCCGCGUGCACGAAGUUGGGCGGGGUCUUUUUUCUGGCACUCAGGAGGGCCGUGCCGUCGCGUGCACGAGGUUGCGAGAGGCCAACUUGGAGCGUGCCCAUUUUUCUGUGCAUGCGCCAUACCUUCGCGUGCACGAAGUUCAGGGGCUUUUUUUUGUGGGAAAUUGUUGGCGCUCUCGGGAACGAUGGCGUCGGGCGCGUGAGGUUUGGCGGGGUCUACCACCCUUCAUCGAGGUGUGGCUGGCACCUGUCGCAGGCCCCAUAGAGGGUUGCCCGAGCGAGGUUGCGCGGCUUCUUUUUUUGCACACUUGGCAGCACCCGGGGGGGCCAUCACGGCGCCGGGUUGUGGAUGUUCGUUCCUUGGCCGGGAUUGUUUUGUCUGGGCGAUGCAGGAUUGGCAUUACCCGAGAGACCCCUCUCAUGUGGUCCACGACCGAGAGGAAAGGAGAGGCCCCGCGGCCGCUGGGCCCUGCGCCGCGCCGCCCGGGAGGCGGGCCAUGUCAUAGCACAGGGCGCGCGACGGGUAGCGUGGCAACCUUCCUACGCUCUUGCGCCAUGUGUUGGCAGCACGCAGCCCGUGUGAUUGUUGCGGCCUUUUCCCCGCCCCAAAUUGGGCGAAUGAUUUUAGGGCGGGAAACAGAUCGCGGAAAGUUUUUUGGAAGUUUUGAAAAAGUGUGAGGCAGACAGAUCCCCCCCGUCGCCUUUUCAGUAACUUCUGAUUCUGUGGAGAUGUCACGCAUGUUUGCACUUUUGUGAAAAAACGAAUACAGUCUAUCCGUGGACAUGACACCACAACUUGCCAUCAUCGAAACAAAACUCAGAAUUCAGUGGCUGAAUCUUCAAUACCUGCUCUCUCUUUCAGGCAGAGUCUUCUCGCGCACUCGUCGUCCUCCUCCCCCAUCGUUCGGUUCGACGUUGAUCCUGUGUUAUGACGGAGGAAAAAGCACAGAGUCCAUCUCAGCUUUGUAAUUCAUAUUCCUCAGAAAUGCAGCUGACAUAGUAGAGUUUUAGAGUGCAGGAGGCCGUGUUGUGCAGUGCCACAGGUACUACAGCACAACGCUUGAAUGCCUUCCGCAUCGUUACAUCUACGCCAAGGACAGCGCGGACUGUGCGCAAUAGCACCACGACACGAGAGAAAAAAAAACUACUACGCUUUCGUCUUUGCUCUUUCCUUCGGCAUACCCCUCCCGCUACAUUACGAUUCUGAAAAGCAACGGGAAUUUUGAAUUGCUUGACUUGCCGAAGUGCUUCCAACAAGCAGCGCGGGAACGGAGGCAGCGGGCGCAGUUGCUUGGAGUUGCUGGUGGAGGUCGACGUGUGAUCCGACAGGGACGACAAGGGGGCGACUACAGUCAUUUCCGCCCCCCAGGACGGCGCAGGUCCAGGUCUACAACGACAUCGACUUCCUCCGAUAGUAGAACAGCGGUUCGAAGUGGAUGGAGCAAAAAUCGUACUCCUGGAUCGGUCGCAGGAUCGUCAUCACCGCCGUGCAAAAGCAGUAAGAACACAAUGCCAGUCGUGCAGGAGGACAGCUCAUUCGCGUUAUACUGUGCAAAAGUAUCGUGCUCGUAGUAAUCGCAGUCAUGCAUUACAAAUCUAGUUGUUAAGGUAAAUGCUGAGACAAUUUGUAUGUAGUGAGGUCACCGAACGGUUCGAACCAGGGAGUUUUUUUGACAGCUCCCGUGAAAAACGACCGGCAGUUUUCAAGCGGGCGGAAGCGUUUUUGGACAUAAAAAAUUUGGAAUUAUCAAGCGGCCGGGGCUUUGCCAACAAACAAGCCCGGUCGAAAACUAUCGAUUCGCACUGGAUAAAGCGACGCAGGGGAGCCGGCAAAAGGGGCGCCCUUCUGAGACGCCCGCCGCCUUAGUUUCUGGCGAUUUGGGGCGCCCAAAAAGGGGCGCGCAAAAAACGCGCCCAAAAUCAGAACAGCGAAACAGCAUGGCACGGCCGCGAUUUUGGAGCAUUUUGGGCGGCCGCGAAAGCGGCCGCCUUUUCGCCGGUUUUAGAGCCUGGGAAGCUUUGCAAAAAGCGCCGGCUUGAAAAAUAAAAACGCGAAAAAUCGGGACUGGCUUUCGGAAAGGAAUUUUGGAAAUGUGCCAAAAUUUGUGACGUUUCCCAAGUGGCCGCCAUGCCGUGCGGCAUAAUGUUACUCACGGCGGUGUGGCGAGCUCAGAAAAAGCAAAGCCGCGGCCAAGGCGGCGGCCGGCAAAAAAACGCCCACGACCUCACUACCCCCGCCCCGGCGGCUAUAUUUGGUAUUGCAAUUCAUACUAGUGCGAUACUUUUGCAAUUCAUACGCGUUCGGCGAAGACGAUUUCAUCCAGAGUGUAGCAACCAUGAACGAGGGUGAAGAUGACCACGGGUGUGAAGAGGAUACGGGUAGUUGUGCCAGCUUGUCUACUUCCCUCCAUGGCGGAGGUUUGGAGACUGAGACUCCUGGUAUCAACAUCUGGGAUACUAGCAGUGCUUGCUCAAGAACAUUUGGCUUCGGUCCAGUAGAGGACCAAGGGUCGUUCUCAGGACUGCCACCACACCACGUCGUCCCGUCCUACUCGUACUCGCCCUCCUCAGUCGCAACCACCGUUCUUAUGUGCGAAGGCGAAGUUGUGAAGAACGCCAACACGACCCCUGCAGACGAUGGAAAACUCUUGCCGGAACGGUUCUCGCAUGAAAACAGCGCGGCACAGUCUACGUCGCCAGCAACGGUCCUGCAUCACGAGGAGGAUAAUUCUCACUGCUUUUUCGUCGAUGGAGGUCGUGACCACGAACACGAUGCGCACGAAAGAGGACAAGAAGGUCAAGAGGAGGAAACAGCAGUAGACGCGACAUCAUCUUCCCGGCUUUUGACGGAGAUGCAGCUGAGCUCUUUCAACUUCACACAGAUCAAAGAUUUGACCAGCGACCAAAUUGGAAGUGGAUCUGGCAUGCUUUCUAUGAGUAGCAGCUUCCUCAAACAUCAAGAUGACAAACACAUUCUCCACCACGCCGGUGCAACAGGCGGCGGCUCAUCCGGAUUGCUUCUAGAGAAGUCGCAAAACCAGUCGUUAAGUGAAAGCUUGGGCGGGAUCCAGAUCCCCGCAGCUGCGGGUAGGAACGCGAAAGGAAACAAGCCCAACGCAGUGCCUAGCACAGCGCAUGACAGAAGGUCCUCUCCCCCGAGAAAGCCGCCUGAGCCUGGUGUGCGUCAGCCUGACAGUCGCAGUUGUACUGCGCAGAAUGCGUCGAAAACCCUGGGUUGCGAUCUACCGCUUCGUGGCGUGGCUCCGGUUCCGGCUUCAUCUUCUUCUUCUUCUUCUCGUCCGAGCGGAGCGCUGCGGUUGCAAGAAGGGAGUUGUGGCCUCCUGGGUGAAGUACAGAAGGACGGAUCAUUUCCCGCAAAACUGGAUCUGCAAGCUCAACCUCCUGAAGCAGCGGAUGAUGACGGUGAUGAUGAUUCCCUUUCCUAUUCGCAGACCGAGAUUUACCAAGUUCCGCCACUUGGAACAAGGAAAACCUCGCCAGGUCGCGUUGGAGCUGCAUCUGGCGACCUCUCUUCGUUGGGUGCAGACGAAAUUAUAUCAGCUCGUAAUACUAAUAUGUCGGCUAAGCAAAAACAGGUCGCACAGGCUGCAGAAGAGGAAGUUCGCAAGGGAAACUUGGCGAUAAGGCGCGUCUAUGCUGCAUCGCAAGGUGGGGGCGGUAGGACGAGAAAAGAGCGCGUACUACGAAAGCGAAGUGUUGACUCAGAACGCGUUCUUCAUGGAGACGCGUCACGAAGCCGGGCGGACCACUCGGUGACAUCUUCGGGCUCAUCCAAAUAUCGUAAUAAACCCCCGCCGUCGGCGUCCUCGCCGUCGCCGCCGCCCUGGGUGUACUAUCAACUGUAAAAGUGUCUGGGUCUGGAAGAUUCUGACACUUGUCAUGCACGUUGUGCGUGAGCCAUGAUGUGUGUGAUGCAUACCCUAGCAAUACAGAUUUUUUGAGGGCUUCUUGAUCAUGCCUAUUCCGCAUGACAAGUAUCUUCUCAGCGUCGCAAAAAUUGCAUUCCGUUUGCUACUCAUGCAAUACAGAUUUUUUUGGAAUCUAAAUACAGCAUCACAAGUUGCAUUCUUCCAGACCCAGACACUUUUACAUUCGAUAUGUACCUGACCACCCAAGAAGAGUUCACCGAGCUCUUUCGCAAACAAGUGCUCAGGCCAUUGGCGCACAGGAUGAGAAGAGUCACUUGUUCCUCUGCUGGUACAAGGUCCAAGAACAGCACUGGCGCCAUGCACGAUGAUGAAUUCCAAUUCGGGGAGAGUUUGGUGUUUCCUCGUGGUGGUCACGAGGAUGACGCGGGGAGCAGAUUGGAGGACUUUUACUUCUCGGCUUCGGUACAACAACAGCAGCAGCCUUCAACGGUUCUUGGCAUAGUUGGUGACAACGAGCAGGACCACGUGGAAGAUGUAUCAUCUAUCACGACCAACAUCCCGCUGUUCUGCAAGCGGCUGCUGCUGAAAAACGGGUCGUACCCAGAGAAAAUGCGCCCUCUGUUCUGGCUUGCCUGUCUGCAGCUAGACUUCGAUAAGAGCUACCCGAGGUUUGAAGAACUGGUCGCUGAAAUCGAAGACAACCACCACGGCCACAACAGCCGUAGAAAUGACAAACAGGAUGGUACGUCGGCCUCCACACCCACCAUCGCGGAGCUUGCGACCCGGUUCCCCGGUCACUCUGCCGCGACCUAUGAGAAGCUGCACGCGCUUCUAAUCUGCUUUCAGCAUGACAGAUUCGACGGUCGUGCUGUUCCUGAUAACGGACGAGCUCAUCUUGCCUCCGCCAGCGACGCUGAAAGGAUAAAACACACCAACAGCAGGAACAAUAGCCACUCCGGUGGUGUCGUAACUACACGUUCGUUGAAGUGCUGUAGUGAAGAAGAAGUAGACAAUAUCAAUUUCCCGCGGUUCCUCUUCCCGUUCGCGAAACUUUUCGGAGACAGCUCCUUCUUGGCUGUAUGAAAUGUAAAAAUGUCUGGGUCUGGAAGAAUGCAACUUGUCAUGCUAAAUCUGAAGCAUGCAAAAAUCUGUGUUGCGUGACUACCAAAAGUCGUUCAGUUUUGACCAAGUCGGGAGGGAGUUUCUGAUGCAGGAUAGGCAUGAGAGAGACCGCACAGAAUCUGUCAUGCUAGGUCCUGCAUUCCAGACCUCAUGGGUCAUGGAAAAGCUGCAUGACAAAUCGCGCACUUUUCCAGACCCAGACACUUUUGCAUUUGAUAGGCUUACGAAGUCGCGAAAAUGGUGUGUGAGAAGUUCGGUGUGCUGGAUAUGGCGUUCUCAACUGUUACAUUAACUGUUGCAUGGAUUUUUGAUGUAAGAAAGGGAAAACUGACAUGGGGGAGAUUGCGCCUGUAGAAUUACAAAUUCCGCACUGAUCAUUUAGGCGCUGUUUAGCCCUAGGCAAAUUUGUCAUGCGAAGCAGCUUGAUCGCUUGGAUGAUGAUGGUGCUUUUGCAUGACAAACUCAUGCAACAGUUGAGAAUGUAGCGUUUGGGAACCCCAUACUGGAGUGGUUUGGCACCGAGGGAGGAACUACACGAAGUACAGUAAGCAGCUCAGGUGGAAAUUGGAGACCUCCCGGGGGUCCUGGUCCUCGUCCUGCUGUGGUCGAUAUUCUGCACAUCACCCUCGAUUAUCAACUGCAAAAGUGUCUUGGUCUGGAAGAUUGCAACUUGUCAUGCUGUUUUUGAACUGUAAAAAAAAUUUGUAUUGCAUGGAUGACCAGCAAGUAGAGGAGUACAGUUUUUGCUACACGGACAGGGCAUUUCUCAUGCGGACCGUGCAUCGGAAAGCCCUCUAAAAGUCUGCGAUGCUAGGUCAAGCAUUACAGGCAUCUUGGGUCAUGAGAAAUAUGCAUGACAAAUCUUGCAUUCUUCCAGACCCAGACACUUUUGCAGUUGAUAUCGAUGGCUAUCUCCGGGACCGCGAACCGGAGCUAUACAACUCGUUGAUGUUGCAAAAAGCGCGUGAGCAGGAAUCCACCCGUGGAGUUUGUUCUUCAGAGGUCGCCGAUUCCGAUUCUACUGUCGUGCGAAAAUGGCAUGACAAAGAACCGCGCAAGAAGAACUCGUCCUGCAACUACAACGUUGUGAUCGAUGAUUACUUCCUGCCGUCUUGCCAACAGCUCGGUAGCAUAUGACAGUGCACAACUCCCCCUCCCCCUCAUUUGUGUAGCAUCAUGAACGGCAAUACAAGCAUCAAUAAAAAUGCCGGCUCUGCAGGACAAAUUUCCACUGGAGUGUAGUGCUAUUUGGGCUACCAGAACCUGUCACGCAAACAGUGCCAACAGGCACAGCCUGGAUUUGCGAUUUUGCAUGACAAAUGAGGGGGGGGGGGAGCUGUGCACUCUCAUACAGCAACUUGUUGACGCAUAAGCACGACUGGCUCUACUUGUGGGACCACUUGGUGACGCACUGGCACGUAUGGCUGUUUGAAAUCAUUUCUCUCACUUUCACCGCAAGCAACGCGUCGAUUGCAAUUUGUCAUGCUGGACAGCAAAGAAAAAGAAUGGCAUACAGUCAUUUACAAGAUUUAAUAUUGAACUUCACACUCUGACUCUCUUUUCGAUAGAGCGUCUCGUGUUUUUGUCUUACUCAAGAAGUGCUUGUAGUACAACGAGGAGAUUCUGUGUGCGGGCGUGAGUUUUGCGUUGCAUAGAGCAAGCCGUACCUUUUCUACGCUUUUCUCGUCGAGUACUACAAAAAUAGCCUGUCAUCUUGUUCAUCUACUUCCGGAAAAGAAGAAGAGACCCAGAAUCACGGAACGAGCACGAGGAACUACGGGUCGAGCUGCAGAGAAGAGAUGAGGAUGACCAGUACAACCUCAACCAAAUCCAAAUCUAGAAACAGCCGCUUGAUGCUUUCGACAGCAGGACCUCCUGUGCGGCCGCGCAGCAAUUUGAUGAAAAUUUUAUCACAGUAGAACAAGCAAUUACAUCAACAGCUUCAUCUGUUGAGUCAAAUCACAAACUACAGAUAUGAUUCAACCAGAAGUGCCAAUGCUUGCAUGAUGAGAAAGAACGAGAAGACCAGGUUCAGGCAUCAUCCUCGAGACCUCGUAAUAAAGACGGAAUUUCUGCGCAAAAACAGUACGCACAAGCUCGUGAAUGUCCUGGUGUUCAUCUUUCAGUAUCGUGGUUGAGGACUCAACUAAAAUACUUUUCUCCACCUGCAUACUCCCUAGUCGCAAAUAUGUACCGCAGAAACGUGGAGCUGGAAGGGUAUUUUGAGGAAAACGGAGGAAGGUGUGGCGGCGGCUACGACACUACGAGAGAGGCCGGUUCUGCAGGUAAAUCUUCUCAAAUUCAGCCCCAUGUUGCAGCAGCAGGAUCAGCUUCAGCGCUUGUUGUACAACUAGAGUCCGAGUCGAGAGGACUUCUUCCGGAGGAAGUGCGUCAUCGGUCUGUUCCCGGGCCGCAGACUCACGUUCACUACAUGGAGCAGGACAGCAGGGAUAGCAGCUGCGAGCAAAAGAAGAGUGCGAAAACCGACGUUAGGGAGCUGGGACAGAUUAGGAGUUGUGCUGGCCAACAGCAACAAGAAGGGUCGAAGCUUUCUCAGCCGCACCUCGAGGUUGUGAGAAGUUUUCAGAACGAAGGUAACAAAACCACAACUGAGCAUGCUUCUGUCUCGGGUUCUUUGGAUAAGUUGAUCCAAACCCGGGAAGCGGAGCUGUCGCUUUUGCGGAGCCAGGUUUUACGUCGAUGAUCAUUGAUGUUGACAGGACGAGUGAAUAAAUCUGUGAUGUUUUUUAUACAUAGAUUAUCUUGUAGUCUAGGAAAUCAAGGUAAACCACGACGCUUACAUGAUGAAAAAAAAAACCAAUGAGGC